CCCGCGACCUGGGUAGAGCUGUUUGGGAGCGAGCAUGACGAGGCGGAAGAGCGCCGAUGGCGCGCCCAGCAAGAAUGCCGUGGAUCCAAUCCAGGUCUUCGCGGAGAGAUUGAGGGAUCACAAGAGCUUGGAGUCGCGAUGGGCCGUCAUGCAGGAGAAUAGGGUGGAAUAUUUCCGGGGCAAGGAUUUCGUGUCGAUGCUCAAGGCCAAUCCCGAUCUCGUCAAGGAUGGCCUCGGCAGCGACGAGGAGGAGGUCGCGAAUCUCUUGCUGCGCACCAAGCUCAUCUUGCGCUGCGAGCGAGUCGUGAAAUCGCUACGGCCGGGCAAGAAGAAGCUCUCCAAGUGGCCGGCUCGUCUCCAACUGUGCCCGGACCAAAGUUUCUCACAAAACGAUGCGUUUUACGCAUGGACUUUUGAGAGGAAGCGGCCGCUAUGGCAAACAGUGCUCUCGUUUUUACUACCAGUUUUGACGCUGGCUUGCUGCUUGUUUCCACUCUUUCCUCACUGGUGCAAGCUCGUUGUCAUGUACCUGUGCCUCACGCUUUUGGUUUUGAUCUUCGGCAUACUCAUCAUCAGGUGGAUGAUCUUUGGUAUUUCGUAUAUCUUACUCGGGAAGAGAGUCUGGUUCUUCCCCAACAUUCUCGCCGAUGACGCCUCGUUCUCGGAGAUCAUCAAGUUCUGGCCCGAGCCGCCCAAGGAGGACGAGAAGCCACCCAAGUGGACCUCUCGCCUCGCCUUUACGUGCGUUACCAUCGGCGUCGUGUGGUUUUGCGUCAGGCAUUCUCCUGACGAGGCAGCGCGAGCCAGGUACCAGAAGGGCGUUUCCAAUAUCAUUGACGAAAUUCUCGAGUGGUCGCCCAAGCUCGCGCUGUCCGGGAAAGUGGAAGAGGCUGCCCCCGCGAACAUCACCGAGGCAACCGAGAGCACCCAGCCAGCGAAUGAAAAACCGGAUUUUUCGAACGCGACUGAAGGGCAAGACCACGAACAGGAGCAACAGCAGAGAUCAGAGCAGGAAAUAUAAAGAAUGUGAGUUCUUACAAAUAAUUUGGCGACUGGUUACUCGUUUUCAGACUCUUUCUCGCGGCUAAGGCUUUCAUAUGGCCAUGUUUUCCUGUU